UUUGUUGCUGUGGUGCGUGGUUCCUUUGCAUGCUGUCACACUAUGACUGAUAAUAGACACGAAUUCAAUUAGAAGGACAAUUAUUAAAUCAAUAGAGUGAUUUAUAGCUUAGUUCUAUAACAGUAUCAUUGCAGGAUGAUAUUGUUCAUAUAUUGAAAAAAUAUCUGAUUUCAUCAUAAAAGUUACAUACACAACUAAUAUUCAGUCGGUAAGGAAUAUACACAUUAAUUCUAAUGGAGUCUAAAUAAAGGAAAUCUGUAUUAAGAUGUCAUCCGAUACAAUUCUUCACGGACCUAAUUAUUUGUUUGUUUGUUUCCUUUUAUUGGAUUGUGUAUUUCCUGUCACGAGUAACAGAACAAAUAACUCAACACUUUAUUUGAAUGAACACCAUUUAAAUUCAAUCUCAGAAAAGAAGCAAAGCGGAAAUGAAACAGAGAAUUUGGAAUUAAGUUUCUUGUCCCAAGACAAUUCCACAGUUUAUCAUAUACAUAAACAAGAUAAAAGCAAAUACAAAAAUAGCAGCGGGGACGUCAAAGAAACGCAAGGUUCUUUUCAGAAUUCUGUGAAUAAUUCUAUCACGUUUAUAAAAGACGACGAUGGAAAAAAAUCAAAUUUACGAGACAAUUUGAGCGAUGAGACAACAAAUACAAUGUACAUGAUUGAAUUAACCAGUGUUGAUGACAGCAAAUUGCAAUCAAAUCAAAUCACAAAAGAACCAGCUCUUGAAGAUUCAGUCAAUACUAACGAGGUCAACAUUACAGAGAACUUUCAGUUAAAUAUCUCAGACAGUCACUCAAAAGAUAAGCAUACGACGAUUUCGGAGUCUAAGCAUAAAGACACGCGACGGAUAACCACUGUGAUUCCCAGACAUAAGAUUUUAAAGCACUUGAGUUUAGUGCCAAUAGAAGAUGAACCGUUUGGUGGAGUGUUAUGGAAGAAUAACAGUAAAUAUCUGAUGAGUGUUUGUGUACCUAUUGGCGUUGGUAUUGCUGGGGCAGCAUGUAUUAUUGGAAUGGCAUAUGCUGCAAGACGAUGUUACAAAAACGAGAGAAAAAUACAAGAAAUUAGAGCUGCUCUUCAACAACAGAUAUCUGCAAACAGAAGUGAUGAGACAGUAUUGCUAGAUUCAUCGGACGAUGAAACCUGAACAAGGAACAGAACCUUACCCUUGGAAUUCAUUUGUUUUAAGAUUGGCGGAGAUUAUGUAUAUUUUUUACAGAAAUGUGUACAGUUAAAUCAAAUGCAAACACUUUGUGCUUUGUAAAUUGUGUACAUUCAAAAGUUCUGUCCAUUAAGAAUUAGUAAUAUAUAAUUUUGUACCAUAAAACAUUUCAUAAAAAAUAUUCCCAGUACAAAAUUAUUGGAAUGAUAUAUUAAUUGCUUUAAUAGUUUGUUAAAUCCUCGAAUAAGGUAUUUAAUUCAAAUAGCUUAGAUAUACCUCCAAUGAAUACACUCGCUAUGUACAUGGUCCACAGCAUUUCAGUAUUUCAGACAAGGCGUUGAGCAUGAUUUAGUCAGACAUUGGAAUUUUAUUUUUACAAUUGUUAGGAGUAACAUUGUUAUACUAGCUUACAAGCUACUAUACACUACGAAAAGUGGAAUAAUAUACUUCAGAUGUAUUCAUGCUCUUGGAAAAUGAAAUAAAAAAAUCUUACCUAUUUUAGAUAGAGCAAGGGUUAAUUUUACAGUUAAUGGUUAAUUUUAAAGACUGAACGUACGAAGACCAUUUUGUUCUCGAAUUCUUUUGAAUAUUUGGAGCAGGGGUGGUUUCUGUAGGCGAUUCUAGUGCAAUAACAACUUCCUGCAUAGCCUUUUAAUCCUGUGGAUUUUGAAAAUGAUGCACAUUUGUUAUGUGUGAAAUUUUGUUUAUAAUAUCAUGUUUUGUACAUAAAAACGUCUUUAUUGUU